CCCGUUGAUGACGCGCCGGAUGGUCUGACUCUUGCAAGUUGAGCAACUUAUUUGCUCCAGCCGUCAGCAAGCUUCACUUGUAACUGUUUACCGCUUUCUCUCCUUCGGCUGGUGGUUGAACAUGCGAAACACCAGAGAGCUCCGCAGAGCUGGCGUCUCUAAAGCUUUCUACUGGGACUUUGUGAAAUUUUCUCCUGUUCAAAUCUGUUAGACGACGAGAACAACAGUGCAUCCCCUAAAAAAGUGGCAUACCGCGAGAAAAUGUCGUUACUUCCUGUCUAAUGAAGUGUUGGCGCGACUUUAGGCUUGGAAAUAUCAACAAAGCCCAUAAGAAAACUCAGGUUAUUGCAAAAGCAGAGCAAUUUGAAAGGAUGGAGACUUAUGAUGCCUCUGGUUAUGGUGUUAAUGAAGAUUCAGUGGAUAUCUAUGAAGGCCUUGAUCUUGGAAAUGGCAGCAACACUGAAACGUCGCCUGCUGUUAGCUUGGGGCUGAAAGACUCAAUGGAUCUUUAUGAAGAUAUAGUGGCAGAGGAACAGCAGCACAGAGAGUCCUCGUACUCUGAGUUAAAAUCCAGAUUUCAAGCAGCCCAACAGCAAAUUAAUGAGCUGCACAAAAUGCUUGAGCAGAUGGAAAAGCAGAAUACCAGGUUGAGCACUGAAAACAAUUGUCUUAAAAAGAACAUCUCUUCACUGUUACGAACAGCAAAGCAAGAAGUUGUUCGGAAAGAUGCUGAGAUUCAAAGGUUGAGUCAGGGGACCCAGAGAUUUCAUCAUCAUCUGACUUGGACAAAAAGUAUCCGGAAUCCAAGUUCGGCUGGUCGACCAUCCACCACCUGCUCCUCAGCAAGAACACUUUCACCACUACACCCUCCUCCACCAAAUUCACAGUCUAAGGAGGAGCCUCCUCUAGCAGAUGCCCCUCAACCUUCCACAAAAGAAACUUGUCAUUUCAACAACUCUAUAAAACCCUUACGCCAUAACCACUCAAAAAGAGAACAUGUAGAACAAGUAGGUGACAUACAGACUGAACCAGACAGACAUGAGCCCAGAGACAGAGAGGAGAAAUGUCAAUAUCAUAGACGGCUUGGAAACUGUUUGCAUCAUAGCAAGGACUCUGACCACAAACAAGCCCACAAAGAUACUGGACAAGGACAUGGCUCUCGGUCACACAAAAAUAGGAAGUAUCAAAACGUUGAGAGACACUCUCGAUCAGACGGAACUCAAUCUUCGUCACAAGAACGUUUAUACACUGCAGCUUCCUCUGAACACAAGAAACAAGGCGAUAAAGUUCAGAGAACAGAUAAAGCCACAUCUGUCUCUUUAGAACACAAUACAGUUCCCGAUUACCAGUCAGGAGGAAGCUGCAGCUCCGAGUAUGGAAAAAUCUCCAAAGGUCACAGAUAUGAUAAGCAGUCCAAUUCAAAGGACAAGAAAAGCUCUUCCCCAGAUCCGCCUGCUAAGCGCUGCGGUGAUGGCACUAAAGAACGAGAUAGGAAUCGACAAAAAUGUUAUCAUAAAAGUGUAGACAGAAGGCGUGAGGGUGAAAUCAGAAGAAGGCACCACAGAAGAAGCAGCCAGGAGGAGAGUAGCAGAGAACGGGAGAAGCAGAGAGCCAAACAAUCAGGAAAGGUUGAUGUGUGUAAGGAAGGAAGAUGGGAAAAGAAAUCUAAAGAUGUCAAAAGAUCAUGUGAAAAUCCUAAUCCAGAUGCUAAUAUCUCUGUGGAUGGCAAUAAUUCAAACAGGAAAUUGUGUUUUAUGGAAGUACUGAAUCUAACUCUUUCACCAAUCAAAAAGCAUUUGCUCCCCAGAGAUGGCACUCCAGAGGAACUUCCAAAGGUAGAUUAUGUUGAAGACAGAUCAGCUCAGAAAGACUCACAGCCUAACAUAGACGAUAUGUACAUUAUUGAUGAAGUAGACAACAGUGAGGUUGCAGAGCAAUCCACAGAGGACCUCAAAGCUCAGAGUACCGGGAAGACCAGUAACAGGUUUGUUGUGGAAGACUUAAAAGAACAUGCCAGAAAUGUGACCGCAUCACCUGGCAAAACCAGUAGUAGUUCCCCUCAAAACCAUUCCCAGGAUACAGCAGAGGAUGAGAGGACAGUGCUCCAUACUAUGCAGUCUCCAAAGAGUUGUUCUCUAAAAGCAGUGCAUGAUUCGAAACUUUGUGAGGAACAGUCGCUGUUGGUCUCAAACGGCCAGAUAACUGAACAUGGUCAGCUGGAAGUCACAGAGAGCUCACAGCCCAGCAACCCAUCUCCACACAGGUUGGAACAACACAAAAGCACUGAAGUACAAACCAUUCAGUCUGAACAUGUUGCUGAUCUUUCUGCUGAUGUUAUAGAAGCUGCUGAUGUUCAUUCAGAUGAAAGUCCUGUCCCACAGAGUGUCAUUCAAGAUGUAGUCAAUGAAGCUGCAGCAUCAGCUCAGUCAAAGGGUGCAAAUGACACGGAAGACAUGUCUGAGACAUCCAGAAUUGAAGAUCAGCAGUGGCAUCAGGCUGUCUCACCUAGUAUGAGUCAGCAAGGUCUCUGUCUUCCAUCUUCAACCAGUGUCACUCAGGGGAACAAUAAUCAUGGUCGAGAAGAAUGCUCUAAAGACUUGGAUUCAGUGUCUAGUACUAUCUGUUUGGAUUCACUUUCACCAGAAGGGCUGAGUCUAACAGAGGCCAUUGAUAUUAUGACGCAGACAAACGUAGGCAGCUGUGAUGGCAAGACCGUCACUAGUCAGCCCAACUCCUCUGUUGGCUGUAUCGGAGUAUCCAAGGUUAGCAGCACAACAGAGGAGGACACGUCCCCAGAGAAAUAUAGCACCCCCACAGUUACUCCUACUAAGAUCUGCAGUCAGGACUAUAAUACUGAGCCAUCCAGUUCUGUGUCAUUACCUCAUGAUGAAGACUCCAUGAUGCACACACUGAGCAAUCUGAAGAGAAUCCCUGAGGCCAUCAGCCCUCUGAGGAGCCCAGUACAGAUAGCUAAGAGAAGUGGCCUCCAUCUGCAAAGCAGGCUUGGACAUGUAAAGAGCCUUCAAAAAGAGCUAUCCACCACUGCUGCUGAGACCACCUCAAAGAAAUUGGAUGUUAACAAGGAGAACAAAUAUCCAGAUGCACAGAACGUGGUUAACACUGUGCCCGAGCAGACUUCAUGCCAUUUUGACACAGAAUUGGAAGAAGGUGAAAUUUUAAGCGAGAGUGACGAGGCAACCUCAAGUUCUCCUGUUCCUGCUACCAAGAGGGCAAAGUUAACAGAACCAGUCAGGAAUAAACCAAGCCUCACAUCUUUUUUAGGAAAAAAUCCUGAAGAAUGCCAAGUUGCUCCUAAGGAAUCUCUUGAUUCUGCUGCUGUCUCAAUGCAGAGUCCUAGAAGUCGUUUUAAAACAAUUUGCCCAACAGCAAGCAAAGCAUCAUUUUCAACUGUAGAGGAAAUAAUGGAGACUUUCAAGUUGGUUCGCAGGGAGAUGCGCAAAAAAUACAUGAAGCUUCACAAAACAUUUCCUAAGAAAAGCUUUUAUGGUGUGAUGGACAAUUUCCAGAAGUCUUUUUUAGAGUUUGUGGACGGUGCUCAGUUUGGCCAAAUAUGUGAUGAGGCCGAGAAGCUGAAGUCCAAGUUAAGGAAAUUGAUUGCAUCUGUGUUUAACAAAGUGUUAAAUAAUGGCAUUGUGAAACGCAUUUUUGAACAGCAAGCAGUCAAUCUAAAGCAAAAGCUGUGGGACUUUGUAGAUGUCCAAGUGGACUACUUGUUCAUGGACAUCCAGACAACACUAAAGAGCCUCUGCCAGCCUGUGAUGUCUCCCACUGAAGACAAGAGGUCCCGUGGAGAGAGAGUAGAAUCUCAGCAGGCUCCUUUGAAGAAGCCGCUGUGUAAACAGAACAAGGCCCAUUCACCUAUCUCCAGCCUGAACAGGACCAAGUCACGUGCACUGGUCCCUUACAGAACUGGCCUUGGAAGCAGAGGUAAAGACAUCCGGAUGUCUCGCUCAGAAAAAGAUGGCACCUCUCAUGUACAUCCUCCAGAACAUGUAAAUACACAAGCUGCAGUCGAUUUCCUUUCCUGCAACAAUCUUCCCCUGUCUCCAGAGAAAAAUAAAAUGUCUCCUUUGGUGAUCUCUCAGAAUGGCUCCAUGCUUGAUAAAACUGACUUCCAGCUUCUUACUGAACAACAAGCAUCCAAUUUGACAUUCAAUUUAGUUAGAGACUCCCAGAUGGGAGAAAUAUUUAAGUGUCUUCUCCAAGGAUCUGACUUGUUAGAAAGCACAGGUGUGUCUGGAGACACUGCAUGGUCAAUUGAUACUCCAAGGAAGGACGGAGAAAGAUUUCUUGGCUUCACCACACCAUCAAAAUUCCACUCGCCUUCCAAGUCUGAUACUUCAUCCAGACUCAUUGCUACCUGGUGCAGCAUUUCACCCCGAAAGAGGUCAUCCCCAUGUGCCAAAGAUCAGAUCCCCCUUAACCCAGCCUUAUUUGAUGAAAGUUGCCUCUUAGAGGUUCCAUCUGAAAACAGAGCACUGUUGCAGGGCAGCCUGACAGCUGAGAAAUCAUACUCUAUUUUAGCUGAAGAUCUUGCAGUCUCUCUAACUAUUCCGUCGCCUCUUAAAUCGGACAACCACCUCAGUUUCCUACAGCCUGCAGGCAUUGGGCUACGAGUGGCGUCCACUCCAGACAGCGUUAUUAGUGCACACAUAGGUGAGGAUGCCCUGUUGGACGGAGAGGAUGCUACAGAGCAGGACAUUCACCUGUCCCUCGACAACUCCAGCUGCAGCUCUAAAGACAGCACCACCUCAGAAACACCUGUCAGUGAUUUAGUCUUCAAGCCUGAUGUUCCAAUGCAGGCACUGGUGAUUGAGAAGUCCAAUGACCACUUCAUUGUAAAAAUUCAACAGGUUAACACAACUGCAGAGACCACACUGGUUGCUGAAGAGAGCUUAAGCCAGGCACUGAUAGAACAAGAUCAGCAACAUAAAGAUGAUGAUGCAGCUGGCCAGGAAUGUCAAAAUGAUACCAUUCCCUGCACGGAUCUACCUUCGGAGAACAAGUUCUGUCUUACUGAAAGCCCUGGGAUCUGUCAGCCAAACACUAGAUCAGAUGCCCCUGAACAAAGAGUGACUCUUCAAAACAAUCCUUCCAACCAAAGACAAGACAUUUCUACACAGUCUGGGAAAACCCUGCCUAAAACGGCUCCAUUAGACGACAGUUUAAACACUAGUUUUCCAAGUCCCCACAGUGUAACAGGCACAGACGAGUGUAGGACACAACUCGGAGUAGAAAUAACUCCUCCAAAAGCAAUUCCAUUCAAGUCUCAGAAACAAAUAGGCUCCUCUAAAGGAACUGCUUUCAGCAGCCGUGUUCUAAGCACCCCUUUAAGCCCAAACACAAAUCAAGAGAGUCCAGCAUCACAGACACUGUUUUAUGACUCUAGUAGAGAUGAAACCAAUGUGUCAGAGUCAGAAAAAAGUCUCACCAUUGACACAAGCAGUUCAUCAGAGAAACCCCUGAGGGGCUGUGAACAGCUCAGGAAACGGAAAAGGCGUCAGGAAAAACUGAAAACCAAGAGGUCCAAAAAGGAGAAGAGUCUGCAAGAGGCUUCUCCGUCCAACAAACCUUCACCAGUAGCUGUGUCCCCCAGCAGUCUGUCUGCCAAGAACAUCGUCAGAAAGAAGGGCGAGGUGGUGAUGGCAUGGACCAGAGAUGAAGAUCGAGCUAUUCUAAUGUACCUAAAGACCAAAGGAUCUUCAAGGGAGACGUUCUCUGCGCUUUCGGAAAAAUUAAACAAGCCAUCAAGCCAGAUUGCCGAGAGGUUUUACCAGCUCAUGAAGCUUUUUAAGAAGCAAGAGAAGAUGGACACUUGAUUGAAAUGAAACAAAAAUCUGCAUGAUGUGAUCCACUGCACUACAGUAGAACUCAAGAUGGCUGAUUUAGUGGAAGUUCUGAAGUGUUGAUUCCAAUACUGGUGCUGCUGUCCAUAGACAUCUCAAGACUUAAUUUACAAAGAAGAGCUAGAAAUAUAAUUGCUUCCUGACGAGGUUUUUUUUUUUCCUGUGUACUGAACAUGGCGUUAAUUAAAAAAGAAAACUAAAGAGUAAUAUCUGAGUGUUUGAAGCACUGUCUGUAAAUGGUUUUAUUUUUGUGUUAAUUUUUUAAGCAACUGGAGCUAUUUUUUUUAAAUUUUUUUUAUGAUCACCUUUUACUGAAAACUGAAAAUUCCUUUCUCCAUAUUAGCUGUUAGUUUGUGGAGUACCUCUGGAAACAAUUAGAAAGAUCACCCAGCCACAAAUGACUUACUGUCAGUCUGAUAGUUUGGGUUUUUUGCAGACAGUGUUUGUGUGAUGUUGGUCUUGCUAACAUUGAUGUUUCUGAUUUGAAAUGAAGCAUUUUACACGUUGACUCAAAUGUUUACAUGGCCACUCUGGGCAGCACACAAGUAAUACGACUGGUGUCAGCAGACAGUGUUCAUACAAUCUGUUUAUCUCUGUGCCUUACUGGCAUUUAGUUCAAAUCUUCCCAUUGUGUAAAUCAAAACAAUGCAUUAAGGUCAUUGUAAAUAACCUUUUCUUGAAAAUAAAGUUGUAUUUAUUUAA